CAACAUAUACUUAGCAAGGUUGGAGACUUUUCAACUCUUAGUAAAAUAAUUGUAAUUGUAAAAGAAGGGAGAUGACUAUUUCACAUCAUUUCUCUCUAUAAAUAGGCACAUUUUCUAUGCAAACUCAUAAACAUUACACAACAAUAUAUACAUAUAUAUAAGCAAUAUAGUUAGGUCAUUGAAUAUUAUCCAAUAUUAUUAGCUAAAAUGAAGAUGGGUGCUGUCUCCCUCAUAACAAUAUUUAUUGUUUCAUGUUUGGCUACAUUAGCAUAUGCAUCAGAUCCCAGCCCUCUCCAAGAUUUUUGUGUUGCCGUUAAAGAUGCCGAUGCAGCUGUUUUUGUGAAUGGGAAGGUCUGCAAGAACCCUAACAUGGUUGUGGCCGAAGAUUUCUUUCUUUCGGGAUUAAACAAGCCUGGAAAUACAUCAAAUCCAGUUGGAUCACGAGUCACUCCUGCUAACGUUAACCAAAUUCCAGGGCUCAACACUUUGGGCAUUUCUGCUGUUCGUAUAGACUAUGCACCAAAUGGUUUGAACCCGCCCCACACUCACCCACGUGCCACCGAGAUUCUAGUUGUGUUAGAAGGCACUCUUUAUGUUGGAUUUGUCACUUCAAAUCCAGCUGACCCUACCUUGAAAAACAAGCUCUUCACAAAGUAUUUGUACCCUGGGGAUGUUUUCGUCUUUCCAGAGGGUUUAAUACAUUUCCAAUUCAACGUGGGAAAGACCAAUGCUGUCGCUUUUGCUGCUUUAAGCAGCCAAAAUCCAGGUGUCAUUACUAUUGCAAACGCGGUGUUUGGUUCGGAUCCAACAAUUAAUACAGCUGUUCUGACAAAGGCAUUCCAGGUCGAAAAGAACGUGAUCGACUAUCUUCAAGCACAGUUCUGGUGGAAUAUCGAUUAAAUACAGAGUUGAUCAUUAUAAAAAUAUUGUUAAUUAAGCUAAUAAGUUAUAUUGUCUUAAAUAAAACAAUAGUGUUUAAUUAUGUAAUCUGUGUGUACUUCGUUUGUUGAAUAAAUGAUAUUGAGAU